CGAGAGAGCAGGACAGGAGCAGCGGCAGCGCUCGCUCCGCGCGCAGGAGAGUCUGUGUGUGCCCGGAGCUCUCUGGGCUGCGCGAGAAACCGCGCAGUUUCCGCUAACCACUGCUCGGCAACUCGACGACGACUACCACGGAAAGUGAGUGCGCUCCGAUCUCUCGGCGCUGCUGUUGCUGCUGUUGUCCUCGGGACCCGGACAACCGGGACAACUCGCUCGAGCUUCGCGUGUCCUGCUGCACGAGCGAUUUCCGCGGACGAGUUUGCAGCCGAACCUCUGCAGAAACGAUGAUGCUGGACGAGCUGCCGCUGGACUUGUCGAGGAAAGGAUCAUCGCCAGUGGUGCGCGGCUGGGACACGUGAGAGGACGAGAGAAUCGCAUCGCGAGCAAGGAUCGAGAUCGGCACGAGCGUUAUCGCAAAUGCAGUCAACAUGGAUUCCAAUGUUGGUCUCGACUAUAUUGUGGAUAACCCCGACUACUGCAACAAGCUCGCUUCCGCUUUGGACACAGCCUGUCCAUCCGUGAAGAAGCAAGUCGUCGAGUUGCUCUCGGCGCUCUGCGUUUACAGCCAAGAUGGACGACAGCGCGCGAUCGACACUCUUCACAUUUACCAGGAACGCAAAGGCGAGCGCUACCGGCUGCUCCUCGUGGUCGACGAGCUGCGGAAAGCAUCGGCCGAGGAUUACCAGACGGCGUUGCUGGCAUUCAUCAACUGUCUAGUCAUUUCCGCGCCGGUCCUCAAGGACCGGGUUCGGAUCAGGAACGAGUUCAUCGGUCUGAAGCUCCUUCCGAUCCUGAACGAUCUACGGAAGGAGAAGAGCCACGUGCCGGACCUCAGGGUUCAGUUGGACGUCUUCGACGACCAGAGGGACACCGACGAGGAGCUAUCCAAUCAAGGUCCGCCUGGCAUCGAUCUAUCCUCGCACGUUGAUGUCUUCUAUGCCAUUCUCGGCCAGGUCGCAGACACGCCACAGGAAAUACCAUUUCUGAGUAUACUUCAGCAUUUAUUGCGACUUGAUCCGAAAGAGGCGGCAAGCGAUCUUGCCUGGGAUACCGCCGAGACGUUGGUCCAUCGAGCCACACUUCUAGAGAGCCGGGAGGAUGCUACCAAACUCCUGAGGUCACCGAGCUUACAAACGAACCUAUGCUGUCACUGCCGAGGCGCCGACCAGACCUGCGGCGGGAGCCGCAAGUCCUCGGUGCCCACGACAGGCACAACUACGACGUCGUCCGCAGCAGUGACACCUCCGAGCGCCGGUCCGGUGCCGCCACCACCGCCUCCAGCGCUGAUUCUGCCGCCGCCACCACCUCCACCGCUGCUGAUCUCGGGUCCUCCGCCACCGCCACCGAACGCUUUCAUGGACCCGCCACCACUGCCCCCGCCCUUACAAGCGCCCAUUGCGGCACGGGUACCGACACCCGAACCGCCGAACAACAGUGCCAAGCUUCUGCCACAGCAAGAGAUACCCACGCCCAAGACCAAAAUGAAGACCAUCAACUGGAACAAGAUACCCAACCACAAGGUCAUUGGCAAAAGAAACAUUUGGUCUCUCGUCGCCAACGAACAUCAGAAUUCGCCGAUGGCCGAUUUGGACUGGGCCGAAAUGGAGGGGCUAUUUUGUCAACAGGUGCCGCCGAUGAUACCAGCCAACACAACGUGUUCCAACAAUUUAGGCAAUGGGGUGGAUACUGAUAAACGUCGUCGAGAACCUACGGAAAUCGCAUUACUAGACGGCAAGAGAAGCUUAAACGUUAAUAUAUUUUUAAAGCAGUUCAGAAGUUCGAACGAAGACAUAAUUCAACUAAUCAAAGACGGCGGGCACGACGAUAUCGGCGCUGAGAAGCUCAGAGGCCUGCUGAAAAUCUUGCCGGAGGUCGACGAACUCGAAAUGCUCAAAAGCUUCGACGGUGAUAAGUUGAAGCUCGGAAACGCUGAGAAAUUCUUCUUGCAGCUUAUUCAAGUACCAAAUUAUAAAUUACGAAUCGAAUGCAUGCUGCUGAAGGAGGAAUUCGCCGCAAACAUGAGUUACCUUGAACCAAGUAUAAAUUCUAUGAUUCUCGCUGGCGAGGAUCUUAUGACAAACAAAUCUUUACAAGAGGUGCUUUAUAUGGUAUUAGUCGCUGGCAACUUUUUAAAUUCUGGCGGUUAUGCGGGAAAUGCUGCCGGUGUUAAGUUAUCGUCUCUUCAGAAAUUAACGGAGAUUCGGGCAAACAAACCCGGAAUGAAUCUCAUUCAUUAUGUAGCAAUGCAAGCUGAGCGAAAAAGGAAAGAUCUAUUAAACUUUGCUCGAGGGAUGAACGCUCUGGAUUCAGCGACAAAGACUACUGUUGAGCAGUUGACGAAUGAAUUCAACGCGCUCGAUACGCGAAUCAAAAAGAUCCGAAGCCAAAUACAGCUGCCAACCACAGAGGCAGACAUUCAAGAGCAAAUGGCACAGUUUCUGCAAAUGGCCGAGCAAGAAAUGUCACAGCUCAAGAGGGAUAUGGAAGAGCUUGACGGCGUCCGGCGAACGUUGGCCGAAUUCUUUUGUGAAGACGCUAAUACGUUCAAGAUCGAGGAAUGCUUCAAGAUUUUCCAUCAGUUCUGUCAGAAGUUUAACCAAGCUGUAACAGAGAACGAAAGGCGAAGGAUUCAAGAGGAACAGGUGCUCGCCAGACGCAAACAGAGGGAAGAACAAUUGCUCGCCAAGAAGCGUCUCCUCAGUAAUCAGGCGGAGACUCCCAAUUCCGAGUCGGAUUGCUACAUGAUGGAAUAUAGUUCACUGGAGAAUGGCAUGCCACAAAAGUCUUACAGUCGCGAUGCCAAGAUUAAAAGACUGCAGAAUGGCAUGGGUACGUCGGAAGAAGACAUAUCGACCACGGGAUCGCCAAGUAUUCGUCGACGUUUGGGCUCUUGUUCGGGUGGUCCCGAUCAGUUCUCUACCAAAGAAGAUACUUAUUCGCCAGAUAUAACGCCAAAUGGAACCUUACGUCGAAGAAGGAGUCGUAUUCCGUGUGAAGAUGACGAUGGAAACUUGAUGGACUUUCUACGUACAACUGGUCAGGAUAAUGGGCGAGAAAGAAAGUCGUGGGGUAGUUUAGAUCGUUCGUGGGCUAAGCGGGCGCGUGGGCAGCCACGACGAGGAGAUUUAUUGAACGCCGAUUUCUCUGGAGAUCGUGAACGGCCAAGCUCACCAUCGCCUCUUGUCGAGACCAAACCAUUCUUACAAGCAGAAGAGGAAGCGAAACCCACAGGAAAAGCUUGGAGACAAAAGAUCGAGGCUUGGCUGACGGAGAAUGAAAAGGAAGAACGCGCAGGCGAGGAAAUUCAAAGAAAAGCUCGGCAGCGGCAGGCGAACCGCAGGUCCUUCGAAGACUCAGGUAUAAUGAUAGCAAUCAUUUAUUCAUACCCGCAUGAUUUUCAAAAUGCAAUUAUCGUCAAUUUAAAUGUUUCGUCAUUACUAACAGAGAAUGAAGGCAAAAAUUCGCUGCCAAACACAUUUACCGAGGAGAACUCCAACGGCGACAGAUACCAAAAAUAUGAUUGGCGUCCAUCUGUGGAGAAGACCGAUGUUAUGCGAACAAUGGAAGCCAUCGAAGAAGCUACUCCUGUAUCGUCACAAAAAGAUAAAUCUCCUUGGAGAAAGUCCAGUCUGAACGUUCCAAGCAGUGUCGAGGAAACAGAUCCCCGAUAUUCCCGUAGACUUCGGUCUCGGCUUAAUGCGGACAAUAUCCUUGGAUCGAGCACCUUACAAGCCAUCCGUGAAGAGGAGCGUAAGAAAAAUAAGGCGUCAGAACCAGCGGAUAGUGGCCUCGAUGAGCUGACGAUUUAUCUACGCACACCAGCUCCGACAACGACUGCUCAGGUGCCGACAUCUCGACGAUUGUCACAACUGAGCAAACGUGGAGCCGAGGACACUGAAACAAUCAGCGAUAAAAUUGAGAUCGAUUCGGACAAUAUCGAGACUCCACCAGCUACCCGAAGACUUUUCAGUCCUCCCAAAGACAUUAAGCCUACUGAUAAGGACGUAGCUAAGAGAUCGACUACCUCCACGACACCUAGUCGCGACGAAAAUAGUGCAUACACGGAUCUUGGAAGCGGUAACUUCGACAGGUUCUCAGCAGCACGUCGCACGCGUCGUUAUAAAAAGGGCCAGGACCCGUCUCUCGAUAAAGACGGUUUGAAGCUCGACCUUUCUGCCACCGACGGCAGUCACGAAGAAAGUUCCAGCCACGUCAAUUCUAACAGUGCUAGCACCACGAACACCACACCUCGUCGUCCUAGCACACUCGCCUUGUCAGACGAUCAUCAGGACAACGACGCAAUGUUACGCGUUUGGCAAGAGAAACUAAAGCGCCGCGACGCAAACCAAAGCGACAUUGAUGCAGCCCUAGCUGAGAUCGCUAAAUCUGGCGAGGACUUACAACAGUUGUCACGCAGCACUGGACAAACGGCCACUACAACCGGCUGCCCUAGUGUAGCUGCAGGUUCUAGGAGUUCCCGAUUACCUGUUACACAGCCUGCACCUGUCCUAGCAGUGACAAACACUGUUUUAAGUCCAGUCAUGCAGGAGUCCAGGCCCAGGGAUGCACCCUGCGUUCAUCCUGAAAGAGCAACACCGAGUAGAGAGAGGCGACACAGUAUGAUCGACCCGAGUCAAGUGAAGGAAUCGUUAAGGCUCAUGAACGAACCCGAGCUUAUAACGAGUCCCACGAAUGAGAACCUACUGCCUAACAGUCUGCUGAGUCGUCAACUCAAUGAUAAGACAGAUGGGGGUGACGCACCUAUGAGUUCGAAGAACUUGGAUAGCAAUAAAAGCUACAGCUUAACAAACAGCAAUGCAUCAUCAAAUCAGCUACCAUCACCAAGGCAGACUUCCGUCUUUGGCAAAGGUACAAGCCGCUACAUACCGGAUCUGAAUACUACCACCAGUAAGGCACGGGAGCAAGAAUUAAACGACGAGGGAUUUGAGGAAACGCAAAGCCUUGUCUCGGAAACCUUGAGUCAAGAGGCGUCGUCUGGCAACUACGAAACCGACACGCACGACUCAACGCGCUGUUCACCAGCCGAACUUACACGCACAACUAGCAGUAGCUUGCCUAAAACUAGUUCAACCAUCAUUGGUAGCAGCAAAAGCGCAACGACCAAGUCGCUACCGAGGCGUGAAAGUUCCAGGCUCAAUGUUCAAGAUAAGAACCUCGCGAGAAUCAAAAGCUUCGACAGACGGGACAGCAGGGAUAGCCUAUCGAGUAGAACGGGAAAGCCACAGGAAUCCUCUAGUUUUCUGCCAAAACGGACGAGCAGUCUCAAGAGAGAGCCACCCACAAGGAAAAGCCUGGAAAGCGCAAAGAGGGUGGUAUCAUGCGCAGGACCACGAAAUGAGGUUGAGCGCUCGGGUUCGCGCAGCAGUCUGCGCAGUUCUCGAAGCUCACUGAACAGUGCUACAUCAGUGAACACGGUGCGCAACCUCGGCCCAAAUAGCCAUGCACAUCUUGGUAGGUACACGUCGGCGAUAUGCGCUCUAACGAACAAUCUUCAGAAAGGCUCAACGAACUCGACAGGCUCAGCUAACUCGGACGACAAGAGACGCGGAUCCACACCAAGGACAUCGAUCACUAAGAUACCUGCAAGUAGAAGCAGCAGCAGUGGCAGUAGCGUUGGCCCGGCGGCAAGAAACAUUCGCAAAGCUAUUGGAGGUGUAUCGGAUGUUUCUCGUACGAGUUCCGGUAGUUUACGCAGCCGGCCUAUACCAGUGGCAUCGCGUAGCAGUAGCAGUGGUAGCAGCGUUGGCCAGCAGAUCCUAUCGAAUCGCAGCAGUGCCGACAAGUUGGUGGGUGGAAAAGGCGGUAGCAGUCUCGGUAUCAGCAGGAUAGGUCAGCCGCGCAGCGGAACAGUCGCGGCCAGAAGUCAGAGCUUCAUGCGACCCACUGCGGCAAGUGUCAACAAGGGCUCGAUACUAAACCUACCCAAAAGCAUGAAGACUCUCGUGAAGUAGUCUUAUUCAUAAACAAAAUGUGCAAAGCGACGCACGCGCUAGUUUACGGCUAUAUACAUUGUACUUUUAAAAAGCCAAAUGUGUGUUUUUUUAACUAUAAUGUACAUAGCCGAAUGACAGUAUUUUUCUCGUGGAUCCUUAAUUAACGAUUACUACGUUAAAUUUGCAAUUCUGCGAGAAAGGAAAGUUGUAUGACUGAGCACUGCUUUUCUUAUUUUUUUUUAAGAGAUAUAAAAGUUGAUUCUACUGAUUUUUCUUUUUUAAUUUAUUUGACGAUUCACACACUGCGACGAAUCAUUGUUAUUACCGUGAACGCGCGAGGAAAAAUCUCAGGAGAGAUUGUUUUCUAGAUACGGAUAAUUUCAAUGCGACAACACUCAUCCACCCACUCACUCUUGAGUCUUUUCCUUUUGACCGCUCCGUUAUAGAAACAAAAAAAUAGUAGUUCGUAACACCUGUAACAUACGAUGCGACUAACAUUUAAGUACUAUAUGUGCAUAUAAUAUAUUAUCUGUAUCAUAGAGAAUCGAUAUUAAUAAAGUUGAUGACUUGUGAUCAAA